AAGCUCUAUUCAAAGCCUAAAACAGAAAAAGAAAAUUAGAAACAACACUUAGCACGUUUUUCUGCACAGUGAUGAAUGAAAGUGCAGAGAUAGCAUAAUUCCCACUUCCAUUGAAAUUUGGCGUUAUUCAAGAGCGAGGGAGAAAAGCAUGAAGGGAUCCACCAAACGUUAUUCUUUUCCAUUGAUUGAACCGUGUAUGUAACUGGCUUUUUAACAUGGCAUCAUGGUAAUGCGCCUCUCACGCUUUUCUGCCUAUUUUUUCUUGCUUUUCUUCCCUCACCAAUCCGCCCUCCAAUGCCGUUUCCACCCUUUCCGAGAAAACGGGGCAACAAGCUUUUGAUUUGUUCGUAAGUCGGGUCUUUCUGGUAUUUGAACGGUGUGAGCAUUGUUGGUUUUGUUGGAAGCUGAUUUUGUUUCGUUGUUUGAUGUGAUCUCGUGCUUGGUUGGGGUUUUGAUCUGUUAUUUGAUAUGGCUUCUCGUUGGUUCUCCCAAUAAAGAACUAAGGAUGCCCCAUGUGGUAGAAAUUUGAAUGUUAUGGCACGUUUGUGUUGAUUUGGUUUUGCGUUGAAAAGUGAGGCUUUUGAUGCGUAUGAGGUGUUUGUGAGAUUUGAUUAUGUGUGAAGGAACAAGAGUACUGUGAUCCUUGGUUUGAUUGGUAGAUAGCUGAGGAAAAACCAUGCAGUCUAGAAUGGAAGAAGGGAAGGACCCUGCUGCAUUGAGAACUACUCCCUCUAGGCCCUUCCCUUUGAGGCUUCUGAAGUUCUUCUUGGUAUUUUUGGUUAUUGGUCUGAGUGCUUCGUUUCUUAGCAUGUACAUGAUUAGGCAUUUUGGUAUUCAUAAUGUGGCUUUGAUACAGUCUACCAUUAGACCUUGCUUUGAGCAGCCAGUGACCAUAGAAAGUUGGAUUAGGCCUCCAUCCGGUUUGCUGCAUUCCAUGAACGACACUGAGCUCUUCUGGCGAGCUACUUCUGUUCCGAGGAUCAAGAGUUAUCCCUUUAAAAGAACUCCCAAGAUUGCCUUCAUGUUCUUGACCAAGGGACCGUUGCCAAUGGCACCACUCUGGGAGAAGUUCUUUAAAGGGAAUGAGAGGCUUUAUUCAAUCUAUGUUCAUUCGCUGCCUUCCUAUAGUGCGGAUUUUCCACCAUCAUCAGUUUUUCAUAAAAGACAGAUCCCAAGCCAGGUUGCUGAAUGGGGAAUGAUGAGUAUGUGUGAUGCUGAAAGAAGACUUCUGGCCAAUGCAUUGCUUGAUAUCUCAAAUGAAUGGUUUAUCCUCUUAUCCGAAUCCUGCAUUCCUCUCCAGAACUUCAGCAUUGUGUACCGUUACAUAUCACGCUCAAGGUAUAGCUUUAUGGGUGCAGUUGAUGAACCUGGCCCUUAUGGGAGAGGACGCUAUGAGGAAAACAUGGCACCUGAGAUCAACAUGAGUGACUGGCGUAAGGGGUCUCAGUGGUUUGAAGUUAACCGGGAACUUGCCGUUAGGAUAGUUGAAGACAGUACUUACUAUCCCAAGCUCAAAGAAUUCUGUGUUCCACACAAAUGCUACGUUGAUGAGCACUAUUUCCAGACAAUGCUAACGAUUAAUACCCCUCAUCUUUUGGCAAAUAGAAGCCUCACUUUUGUGGACUGGUCAAGGGGUGGUGCUCAUCCAGCUACUUUUGGGAAGGAUGACAUCAAAGAGGAAUUCUUCAAGAAAAUUUUGCAAGACCAGAUAUGUCUUUAUAAUAACCAGCCAUCUUCGCUUUGCUUCUUAUUUGCAAGAAAAUUUGCACCUAAUGCUUUAGGCCCUCUUUUAGACAUAGCAACCAAAACACUAGGAAUUUGAGAAGCGCCUGACUGAUAAGCUGUAUCUUCGAAGGAGCCUGACUGGAGCAUGUUAGUUAGUCAUCUGCUACUCCAUUACAGUCACAUGAUUCAUCAUCCCUGCAUCGCCGAAAUUUUGAGCUGCCCCUCCAGCAUUUAGUUGUGUAGGACAUUGAAUCUAAACAACAUUUUUUUACUGGUAUUAGCCAAAAUAUUGACUAAUACUUUAUUGGAUCUCUCAUUAGAUAAAUAAAUAUUGUAGUUAUUUUUUGGAAUAUGUCUUGCGAUUAAUGUGUAAA